UUCCAAUUUACCGUUUACCCCGCAAUACACCAAAUCAACAUGGUAGCCACCACCACCAUUGAAAAGUCGUCGCUCAAGGCAAAAGUAUCGUCGUGGUUCAAGACAAUCACCAAAGCAUCCAAAUGCACGUGCCCCUAUGUGACGCACCCCAAGCCGUCGAAGGCAAAGAAGUCGCCUUACGUGGUGUCCGAGCCCAUUGCCAUGCCACGAAAAUACGCCAACGAAACCAAGCUAACCACGGUUGUGGGCGGUCACCGGGUGCCAUACAUCCCAUCGCAAGUGUCGCAGCUAAGGGAAGGACGCCGGUCCUAUGACCCCAUCGAGGAAACCCACGUUUUGUGCUCGCACUGCCAAGCCCAAGCCCGUCGCCACACUGUGACGUCCAUGGACGACGACGACGACUACUAAACCCUGGAUCGAACAGAGUUAUUUAAUAGGAAGAAAGUGUUUCUUAAAGUUGUGGUUGUGUGGUUAAUCGAACCUACUUUGUUGGCU